AAAAAAAUGCUGGAACGUAGUGCGUACUGCUUGGUGGUGUUAACAUUUACAAUACGAAUACACUCAGAAACUCACGCCCUAUAUUGGCCUUGUGAAUUGAAUGAUAACUGUACUGCUGAAAAUUCUGUUUGUAUAUCUGCUACUGGCCAGUGUGAAUGCAAAGAGUUUGACUACGUGUUCUCAGGGGACUACACAAAAUGCUUAAAGAGUGCACUAUUUGGUGAUAAAUGCCGAGAAGACAUUCAAUGCAAUCUUAUGCCCUCAGCUGCCUACUGCAAGUCAGGCGUUUGCAGUUGCGUUGACAAAGAAACCUAUAUUAAAGGGAGUUGCAAACAAGUGAGCAAUCUAGAACAAUAUUGCGACGAAAGUCAAAUUUGUGAUUUCGGUUAUGACAGAGAUUCCGUACAGUGUAAGUGUAACGACGCGAACUGUACAUGCGCGUGCGCUGAUGGAUAUUAUCGACGACAUGGCAACAUAUGUCGACGUAAAUCGACGGAAAUUAAUGAUGCGUGUGUCGUUAAUGAAGAUUGCCGAAAUUUAGGUGAUAACGUUAAAUGCAUGAGCUUGACAUGUCAACAUGUUGAUGAAAUUAAAGCCAUUAAUUCGUUACCCGUAAAAGAUAUUGCCACAUCUUUGAUUAGUGAGUCUGAAAAGAAUUCCUUUAUUUCGUCAGAAUUGUCGUCUAGUGAAUGCGUCCAACCACAAGGACCACUUUUUUCGAAUCAGUCUUGGAGCAAUGAAUUCAGCCCGAAGACUGAAUCGAAUAUUGCCGAAGAUAAUAGAAUCAAUUUUGACUUUGAAUUGCAAGAACAUCUUAUCCCUUUAGGAACCAAAAUCGUUGAGUUUGAUAAAUCUACCGAUGCCCAAGACAAAAGCCAUGUAGUGGGUAGUUCUUGUACAGAAAAUGGCAAACCAUGUCCGAACCUCUCUUAUUCCUUCUGCUCAGCAAAUAAAUGUUUAUGCAAACAUGGUUAUUAUCAUAAAAAUGGAAAAUGUUUUGCUGAACUGGGAGAAGCCGUUCUGAGUUCAGAUGAUUGCGAAAGCGAGUUUGACCCAACAGCCAAGAAAUGCAUCUGUCCAAAAAAUCACUUUUACGAAAAAUCGCUGCGGGAAUGCCGCAAACCUAUACAAAUUCAUUUAUCGUGCAGUUCAGACAGCCAGUGCAGUCCAUUUGGAGAUGCUUACUGCCAUUUGGAGAUACCACGACGUUGCACAUGUGAGGAAUACGCCGAGUAUAAUGCUCUCUUGCAGAUGUGCAUCUAUAAAGGAACUGUUAACGUUAAAUGCAAUACAGAUGAUGACUGUCCAACAAAGCAUUCUUUUUGCUCAAAUAAUCUUUGCAAAUGUAGACAGUAUUACAUAGAAAAUGGACAUGAGUGUAGUGCAGGGGUCGGCGCAGUUUGUGCAAAAAACGACGAUUGUUUCACCCAAAACAGCGAGUGUACAAGCUCACAUUCCAGCGACUACGAACAAAAGAACAAAAUAUGCCAGUGUCGCAAGGGUUUUGUCCAUUUUAGGGACGAAUGCUUGAGCGAAGCCGAGGACAUAGAGGCGGAAUGCGUUGAUUCGGAGCAAUGCAAACUACUGGGAGCUAGUUGUAAUAAUGGCAGAUGUUCUUGUACUUAUCAGCAGCACUUCACAAAUGGCUACUGCGAAACGAAAAAAGGAAUAGGACAACAUUGUUCGAGAGCUACUGAGUGUUACAUUGAAAAAAAUGCCAAAAAUCUUGAAUGCCGCAAUUCUAUUUGCCAAUGUAGUUAUGGUUUUCAGAGCGAUGGGGCCAAGAAGGAUUGUAUACGUGUGGUGCCCAGUAAGAAAAAUUCUUCCGGGAAGCCAAGUGCACUUAAAGUUGUCACGUUCCUUUUAAUAGGCUCGGCGUUUUUAGUCACCAGUGCUGCCAUUAAACAGGCGUAUUAUUAAAACCAACUUAGUUUGCGAGAGCCGUUAGGCCUCGCCUUGCGCCGCAAAACUUCGCAAACGUAACUACAACACACUUACUAAAUCGAUUAAAAAAAAAAUACCCAGAUUUAAACAAAAGCUUUGUGAAUCCUUAAGUAAAUAUUUAAGCUA